AUUUCAUAGAAAAACAGGGUUACUGAUGCUUAGAUGAAAGGAUAAACGCUCAGGGAAUAAAUCUAUCCCAUCAAACCUUCACCCCAACAUCUAUGCUCUACCAAUGACUGACAUUAUCAACCAUUAGGCCUUUAAAAAUCCAACACUCAAGCAUGGCGAUAAAUGGGGAUAGAUGAGAAGUGAGAUCCAGCAGCACUUCACAGGUUUAUCAAGUUGGCUCCUCCCUUCCCCAGUAUGUGGUUGAGUAAGACCCAUCACAACUUACCAGUUAGCUCUGGUGCCCUGGAAACUGCCACCUCCAUGCCAGCUCUCAAUGCCCACCAUGUCCACAAGCAGAAGCUCUUCAUAUUACAACACGACCCAAAUAGUAUUGCCCCAUUCACAGGACUCAUCACUUAUCACUGACAUUUCUGACUUGAGGGCUGUAACUAUGAGCUCAAAGGUGACUGAAAUAUCUAUUGGAAUGUUUACCAGUAAAUUGGAUUAGGUCAUAAUUAAUUAUCCAUUACUUUCGAGAUUCUGUGCAUUCUUCUGUAGUGUGCAACCAAGAGGUUUGCCUUUCAGUGAGAUGCCUUUUUAUUGUGAUCACUGUGGUGAUGGACAGGCCAUUUUUGGUUCAAGGUUCAUGUACCCAAACAGGACAUCAAGAUAAGUCAAAUUAGGGUCUGUUUUAGACAGUAAUACAUGUUUUUUUAGACACAGGUCUUGAGUAAUGCGCAGACAUAACAAACCACGUUUAAAGAGUAGGUUUGUCUGUAGAGUCCUCCCUUCACAGGUUUAUUUUGGCCUAACAAAGACAACCCCAACCCAUAAUCCACCUGCAGACACACCUGUAGAGGAGAGUAUAAAGAGUGUGGACUGACCUGAGUCAAACAUCAAGCUUCAAGGAGUCUCUCCACAGCAGAUCUCCACACAAGCUCCACAGCCUCCCUGAAGAUGAUUCCCUCUGCCAGCCUGCUGCUGCUGCUCCUGCUCGGCCUCUCUCAGGCACUUCCACUCCAAGAGGAGGGAGACACAGAAGGCUUUGAAGAAAUAGAAGAAGAAGAUGAAGUCCCAGACACCAUGGACAUCAGCACCAGGAUCCUGACCUCCAACAACGCCACCGAUGAGAUCCUGCUGGAAGGAGACCUGGUUGCUCCCAGAACCAGAAACGCCAUGAAGUGCUGGUAUCAGAAGUGCCAGUGGAAAAAAGCCUCCAACGGCAAGGUGAUUAUCCCCUUCACCGUGAGCAGCCACUUCACCAGGCGGGAGAGGCAGAUGAUGGACUACGCCAUGAAGGUGUAUCACAGACAAACCUGCAUCCGCUUCGUGCCUCGUACCAACCAGUACGACUACAUCAGCAUAGAGAACAAAGCCGGAUGUUACUCCUCUCUGGGCAGAACUGGAGGCAGACAGGUGCUCUCUCUCAACAGACAAGGCUGCCUCCACCACGGCAUCGUCCAGCACGAGAUGAACCACGCUCUGGGCUUCCAGCACGAACAGACCAGGAGCGACCGUGACUCCUACGUCAGGAUCAACUGGCAGAACAUCAACCAGCAGAUGGCCUACAACUUCUACAAGCAGUCCACCAACAACCUGAACACUCCCUACGACUACUCCUCCAUCAUGCACUAUGGAAGAACAGCAUUCUCCAUUGCAUACGGGAGGGACUCCAUCACCCCCAUCCCCAACGCCAACGUCCAGAUCGGCCAGAGGAGGGGCAUGUCUUACUGGGACAUCAGGAGGAUCAACCUGCUCUACAGCUGCUAAUAUUCAUCUGUUUUCAAAGUUGUUUAUUAGCAGAUAAAUGUUCUCAAUAGGAAAAAUAGGUUAACCCAGCUGUCUUAGAUAAUCAAACAACUGUUGUCUACAUCUGAUUCCUGUCCUUAACUGUAUUCGUCCAUAUUCUGAAAUAAUAAAACAAUUGUUAAAUGAC